AUGACCCUCCGGCGGCGAGGGCAGAAGGCGACCAUCAGCAUCCAGGAGCAUAUGGCCAUCGACGUGUGUCCUGGCCUCCGGCCCAUCAAGCAGAUCUCCGACUACUUCCCCCGCUUCCCGCGGGGCCUGCCCCCGGCCGCCGGGCCCCGCGCCGAAGCCCCGGCCGCCCCCGCGCGCCCGGCCGCCGCCAGCGCGGGCCGCCGCAGCCCCUCCGACGGCGCCCGCGACGACGACGAGGAUGUGGACCAGCUCUUCGGAGCCUACGGAGCCAGCCCAGGCCCCAGCCCCGGCCCCAGCCCCAGCCCGGCGCGGCCGCCCGCCAAGCCGCCCGAGGAGGAGCCAGACGCCGACGGCUACGAAUCGGACGACUGCACUGCCCUGGGCACUCUGGACUUCAGCCUGCUCUAUGACCAGGAGAACAAUGCCCUGCACUGCACCAUCAGCAAGGCCAAGGGCCUGAAGCCCAUGGACCACAAUGGACUAGCAGACCCCUACGUCAAGCUGCACCUGCUGCCGGGAGCCAGUAAGGCAAAUAAGCUUAGAACAAAAACUCUGAGAAACACUCUGAAUCCCACGUGGAAUGAGACCCUCACUUACUACGGGAUCACAGAUGAGGACAUGAUCCGAAAGACCCUGCGGAUCUCUGUGUGCGACGAGGACAAAUUCCGUCACAACGAGUUCAUUGGGGAGACGCGGGUGCCUCUGAAGAAGCUGAAACCCAACCACACCAAGACUUUCAGCAUCUGCCUGGAGAAGCAGUUGCCGGUGGACAAGACAGAAGACAAGUCCCUGGAGGAGCGAGGUCGAAUCCUCAUCUCCCUCAAGUACAGCUCACAGAAGCAGGGCCUGCUGGUGGGCAUCGUGAGGUGCGCACACCUGGCCGCCAUGGACGCCAACGGCUACUCAGACCCUUAUGUGAAAACAUACCUGAAGCCAGAUGUGGACAAGAAAUCCAAACAUAAGACAGCAGUAAAGAAGAAAACUCUGAACCCAGAAUUCAACGAGGAGUUUUGUUACGAGAUUAAGCACGGGGACCUGGCCAAGAAGACCCUAGAGGUCACAGUUUGGGAUUACGACAUUGGAAAAUCCAACGAUUUCAUUGGCGGCGUGGUUCUGGGCAUCAAUGCCAAAGGCGAGCGCCUGAAGCACUGGUUUGACUGCCUGAAGAACAAGGACAAGCGGAUUGAGCGCUGGCACACGCUCACCAACGAACUUCCUGGGGCCGUGCUCAGCGACUGACUGCCCCGCCUGCUGCCACCCAUCCCUGCCUCCCGGGCCCACACAGGCCUGGCCCCGGGCUUCCUCAGC